AUGGGCGUCGACAAAGCUGGUAAAAAAUCAAGUCGUUUCAAUUUCAUCCGCAAGUCAGCGUCACGAACCACCGAUGACAGCACAAUUCAGGAACUUGAAGCCUCUGUAGACGGCAUCGAGGGUAAUUCGACGCCUGCCCUAGAAGGCGCUCAAGGAGAAGAGGCAAGAGACUUGGAAGACGAACCAAACACGCAAGACGAAACAAACAUGCAAGAUGAAAUAAAUGCGCAAGAUGAAACAAAUACACAAGCAGGAUCACCUCGCCAGGAUCCCGUACCCAUAGUGACAGAACCCCCACAAGACGAAUCACUUCGCCAAGAUUCCUUGUCCAUAGUGGAGACAGAAUCUCCGCAAGAAGAGCAGAAAUGCAAUCCAUGCCUCCACCUUUAG